GUGCCUGUAAGGUGCUAUGAAACAGAAGUGCUUUCUGAAUCUCUGUCUGUGGAGGAGCCCUGAGAGGGGUGGGACAGAGAUGGCAUCCUGGCUCUCUGAGGCACCUGCUCUUCUCUGAACCACACAGUAGUCAAGAGCCUAACAGGGAUAGCUUCAGCAGCACUUCAGAGGGUGUUCUCUAAGUAAGAACAUGAAGCUCAAGAGAACUGCCUACCUUCUCUUCCUGUACCUCAGCUCCUCACUGCUCCUCUGCAUAAAGAAUUCAUUUUGCAAUAAAAACAAUACCAGGUGUCUCUCAGGUUCUUGCCAAAACAAUUCUACGUGCAAGCAUUUUCCACAAGACAACAAUUGUUGCUUAGACACAGCCAAUAAUUUGGACAAAGACUGUGAAGAUCUGAAAGACCCUUGCUUCUCCAGUCCCUGCCAAGGAAUUGCCACUUGUGUGAAAAUCCCAGGGGAAGGGAGCUUCCUGUGUCAGUGUCCUCCUGGGUACAGCGGGCUGAACUGUGAAACUGCCACCAAUUCCUGUGGAGGGAACCUCUGCCAACAUGGAGGCACCUGCCGUAAAGACCCUGAGCACCCUGUCUGUGUCUGCCCUCCUGGAUAUGCUGGAAGGUUCUGUGAGAGGGAUCACAAUGAGUGUGCUUCUAGCCCUUGCCACAAUGGGGCUAUGUGCCAGGAUGGAAUCAAUGGCUACUCCUGCUUCUGUGUGCCUGGAUACCAAGGCAGGCAUUGUGACUUGGAAGUGGAUGAAUGUAUUUCUGAUCCCUGCAAGAAUGAGGCUGUGUGCCUCAAUGAGAUAGGAAGAUACACUUGUGUCUGUCCUCAAGAGUUUUCUGGCGUGAACUGUGAGUUGGAAAUUGAUGAAUGCAGAUCCCAGCCUUGUCUCCAUGGUGCCACGUGUCAGGACGCUCCAGGGGGUUACUCCUGUGACUGUGCACCUGGAUUCCUUGGAGACCACUGUGAACUCAGCGUUAAUGAAUGUGAAAGUCAGCCAUGUCUCCAUGGAGGUCUAUGUGUAGAUGGAAGAAACAGUUACCACUGUGACUGCACGGGCAGUGGAUUCACAGGGAUGCACUGUGAGUCCUUGAUUCCUCUUUGUUGGUCAAAGCCUUGUCACAAUGACGCAACAUGUGAAGACACUGUUGACAGCUAUAUUUGUCACUGCUGGCCUGGAAUUCACUGUGAAGAAGACAUUGAUGAAUGUUUACUGUACCCUUGCCUAAAUGGUGGUACUUGUGAGAACCUGCCUGGGAAUUAUGCCUGUCACUGUCCCUUUGAUGACACUUCUAGGACAUUUUAUGGAGGAGAAAACUGCUCUGAAAUUCUCCUGGGCUGCACUCAUCACCAGUGUCUGAACAAUGGAAAAUGUAUCCCUCAUUUCCAAAAUGGCCAGCAUGGAUUCACUUGCCAGUGUCCUUCUGGCUAUGCUGGGCCGCUGUGUGAAACUGUCACCACACUUUCAUUUGGGAACAAUGGCUUCCUAUGGGUCACAAGUGGCUCCCAUACAGGCAUAGGGUCAGAAUGUAACAUAUCCUUGAGGUUUCAGACUGUUCAACCAAACGCACUUCUCCUCAUCCGAGGCAACAAGGAUAUGUCUAUGAAGCUGGAGUUGCUGAAUGGUUGUGUUCAUUUAUCAAUUGAAGUCUGGAAUCAGUUAAAGGUGCUCCUGUAUAUUUCUCACAACACCAGUGAUGGAGAAUGGCAUUUCGUGGAGGUAACAAUCGCAGAAACUCUAACCCUUGCCCUAGUUGGCGGCUUCUGCAAGGAGAAGUGCACCACCAAGUCUUCUGUUCCAGUUGAGAAUCAUCAAUCAAUAUGUGCUUUGCAGGACUCUUUUUUGGGUGGCUUACCAAUGGGGACAGCCAGCAACAGUGUGUCUGUGCUUAACAUCUAUAAUGUGCCGUCCACACCUUCCUUUGUAGGCUGUCUCCAAGAUAUUAGAUUUGAUUUGAGUCACAUUACUCUGGAGAACGUUUCAUCUGGCCUGUCAUCAAAUGUUAAAGCAGGCUGCCUGGGAAAGGACUGGUGUGAAAGUCAACCCUGUCAAAACAGAGGACGCUGCAUCAACUUGUGGCAGGGUUAUCAGUGUGAAUGUGACAGGCCCUAUACAGGCUCCAACUGCCUGAAAGAGUCUGUAGCGGGAAGAUUUGGCCAAGAUGACUCCACCGGAUAUGCAGCCUUUAGUGUUAAUGAUGAUUAUGGGCAGAACUUCAGUCUUUCAAUGUUUGUCCGAACACGUCAACCCCUGGGUUUACUUCUGGCUUUGGAAAAUAGUACUUACCAGUAUGUCAGUGUCUGGCUAGAGCACGGCAGCCUAGCACUGCAGACUCCAGGCUCUCCCAAGUUCAUGGUAAAAUUUUUUCUCAGUGAUGGAAAUGUUCACUUAAUAUCUUUGAGAAUCAAACCAAAUGAAAUUGAACUGUAUCAGUCUUCACAAAACCUAGGAUUCAUUUCUGUUCCUGCAUGGAAAAUUCAAAGAGGAGAUGUCAUCUUCAUUGGUGGCCUACCUGACAGAGAGAAGACUGAAGUUUAUGGUGGCUUCUUCAAAGGCUGUGUUCAAGAUGUCAGAUUAAACAACCAGAAUCUGGAAUUCUUUCCCAAUUCAACAAACAAUGCAUACCAUGACCCAAUUCUUGUCAAUGUGACUCAAGGCUGUCCCGGAGACAACACAUGUAAGUCCAACCCCUGUCAUAAUGGAGGUGUCUGCCACUCCCUGUGGGAUGACUUCUCCUGCUCCUGCCCUACAAACACAGCGGGGAGAGCCUGCGAGCAAGUUCAGUGGUGUCAACUCAGCCCAUGUCCUCCCACUGCAGAGUGCCAGCUGCUCCCUCAAGGGUUUGAAUGUAUUGCAAAUGCUGUUUUCAGCGGAUUAAGCAGAGAAAUGCUGUUCAGAAGCAAUGGGAAUAUUACCAGAGAACUCACCAAUAUCACAUUUGGUUUCAGAACACAUGAUACAAAUGUGAUGAUAUUGCAUGCAGAAAAAGAACCAGAGUUUCUUAAUAUUAGCAUUCAAGAUGCCAGAUUACUCUUUCAAUUGCGAAGUGGCAACAGCUUUUAUACGCUGCAUCUGAUGGGUUCCCAAUUGGUGAAUGAUGGCACAUGGCACCAAGUGACUUUCUCCAUGAUAGACCCAGUGGCCCAGACCUCCCGGUGGCAAAUGGAGAUGAACGACCAGACACCCUUUGUGAUAAGUGCAGUUGCUACUGGAAGCCUGAACUUUUUGAAGGACAAUACAGACAUCUAUGUGGGUGACCAAUCUGUUGACAAUCCGAAAGGCCUGCAGGGCUGUCUGAGCACAAUAGAGAUUGGAGGCAUAUAUCUUUCUUACUUUGAAAAUCUUCAUGGUUUCCCUGGUAAGCCUCAGGAAGAGCAAUUUCUCAAAGUUUCUACAAAUAUGGUACUUACUGGCUGUUUGCCAUCAAAUGCCUGCCACUCCAGCCCCUGUUUGCAUGGAGGAAACUGUGAAGACAGCUACAGUUCUUAUCGGUGUGCCUGUCUCUCGGGAUGGUCAGGGACACACUGUGAAAUCAACAUUGAUGAGUGCUUUUCUAGUCCCUGUAUCCAUGGCAACUGCUCUGAUGGAGUUGCAGCCUACCACUGCAGGUGUGAGCCUGGAUACACUGGUGUGAACUGUGAGGUGGAUGUAGACAAUUGCAAGAGUCAUCAGUGUGCAAAUGGGGCCACCUGUGUUCCUGGAGCUCAUGGCUACUCUUGCCUCUGCUUUGGAAAUUUUACCGGGAGAUUUUGCAGACACAGCAGAUUACCCUCAACAGUCUGUGGGAAUGAGAAGAGAAACUUCACUUGCUACAAUGGAGGCAGCUGCUCCGUGUUCCAGGAGGACUGGCAAUGUGUGUGCUGGCCAGGUUUCACUGGAGAGUGGUGUGAAGAGGACAUCAACGAGUGUGCCUCCAAUCCCUGCAUCAACGGAGGACUGUGCAGGGACUUGGUCAACAGGUUCCUGUGCAUCUGUGAUGUGGCCUUCGCUGGCGAGCGCUGUGAGCUGGACGUAAGCGGCCUUUCCUUUUAUGUGUCCCUCUUACUGUGGCAAAAUCUCUUUCAGCUCCUGUCCUAUCUCGUACUGCGCAUGAAUGAUGAGCCAGUUGUAGAGUGGGGGGCACAGGAAAAUGAUUAAUGUGCACGGGAGCAUUCACAAGUGUAAAACAUUGACUUGCAAGAAACAUCUUGUCUCAGUGUAGGUCUCUAGGAAAGACAAUGGGAACAUUAGGGAAUAGACUCCAUCUAGAGCACUGGUUCUCAGUCUUCCUAAUGCUGUGACCCUUUAGUACAGCUCUUCCUGUUGUAGUGAUCGCAACCAUAACAUUAUUUUCAUUGCUACUUCAUAACUGUAAUCCUUCUACUGCUGUGAAUCAUAAUGGAAAUAUUUAUGUUUUCUGAUGGUCUUAAGCAACACCUCUGAAAAAGUCAUUGAUGCCCCAAAGGGGCCGUGAUCCACAGGUUGAGAAAUGCUCUUCUGGAAGCUAACCAUGCAUUUAAGUAUACCUCUAGUAGUUUGGGUCUAUAGAAGAUAUUUUCCUAUUCUACAUUUUUAGACACACCAGAAGAGGGCAUCUGAUCCCAUUAAAGAUGAUAGGGAGCCCCCAUGUGGUUCCUGAGAACUGUACUCAGGCCCUUUGGAAGAGCAAUCAGUGCUCUUUCCAGCCCCUAAGAAUAUUUUUAAUACAGCCAGAAAGGUCUCAUUACCCAGUGUACUGAGCCCUAAGGCACUUUCAUCCUCAACCGUUCCAUGUUGAAUUGUUUUCAUUACAUUUAGAAAAUGUUUUCUCUCCACUCUACCUUUACAUGUUCCUAUUUUCCUAUUGACAGUUUGCCCCCUUCACUGUGAUUCUAAUUUGGUGUGGUCCUUCUUCUCAUCAGUUUAUAUGUGACAUGAACAUUUAAAAAUAUCUAUGAAUAUUUUAUAGGCACGUGUGUCUUUCUGCAAAGCUAUUCAAAUGAACUAUGGACAGUUCUUUUCUAUACGAAGAAGAGAUGAGUUUAAUCCCCAGUAAUGUGAGAAAAAGAUGAGUGAGGGACAGUGCUCACAGUAUCCCUCACCAGCAUCAUUUGUGAUUCCAUGGGCCAUUCUUUCCACCAGCAAAUAGCAGAGUGCCCUUUCCCUAUUCAUUUCUCUUACACUCCCCCCUUUUCUGUUACAACUGAACACUUUACAUUAGCUACUCCUUUGUAGGGGGCUUGGCUUUUCCACCAUUUUCCCUGGUUCACUAUUUAUGCUAAGUAUCUGUGCAGGGCGGGUAUAUCAGUCCAACAGAGGUGUCAUUAGUGUUCAUUGAGGACGAAAUACUUUGCAUGAAUUCAUGACACCAUUGAAGUGUCAUAGCAGUGGCCAGAAAGAUACCCUUCUGCGAAUGUGUCUGUGUCUUCAGAAGCUGCCCUGGUUAGAAAACAUGUGGGUCACUUUUCCUUUGCAUGUUACCAGGGCUCACUGAGUCAUGAUUGUUUUAAGCCAGAGCUUUUGCUGUGGCAAUGACCAAGGUGAAUCCAGAGGUGCAGAUCAGACAAAGGACAAGACAAUGUACUAUCUGAGUAAAACCCUGCCUUGACUUACUCCUCAGUUCUUAGACUUUACAUAACAACCUCCACCCUGUGGCAACCCUUUCACACUAGCAGUGCUGCUGAGAUCUGCCCUUCCUUCUCAUCAUCUUCCUCACAUCCAAAGCAUUGUGUCCACACUGCUGUUUCAGAUAACUGUUUCUAAAGUGGGAUUGUUGUAGCCAAAAAGGUAGGGAAAAUGUUCCCCAAAAUAUUUGCAUUCUUAAGUAUGUGAAGUAAGUAGAUUAUAUCAGAGACAAUAUGUAAGGUUUCAGGUUCACCCCCUUCUACACAUAUCUUCAAUGUGUAUUUGCAGAACAUUCUGAAUGUGACAAACUCCCAACAGAAUAUAUUUAAGGAGUAUUUAUCCACAGUAUCAUUCUCUGUCCAGUUCUAGUGCUUCUACUGUCACUGCAAUUGUCAAUUGUUUUUCUGCUUUCCAACUGUCUUAUUAUCAUUUAAUAGCAUCUUGCUAAAUGUCCUCCUUCUAUUCUCCUUAUUUCUCCAUAGUUCAAGUGUGUCUGUGUGACUAAGGAUUCUCCUCAUUUUCACAGAAAAAUAAAAUCUUUUCUUCU